CCACAGCCUUCGUUGCUGUCUACUCAGCCCCUCCGCGCAGAUCAAUCAUGCUGGAUGCUUGGUACAUGGAUGAUGAUACUACGAUGGAUCAACGGGAAGAGCACCGUCUAAAGCCAAAUAAGCCGGCGACGUUGGAGGAUCUUCAAACAUUGGGCGUCCUGCAUUGGACUUUUGACGCAGAUUCGUACAAAGACAGCCCUGAGUUUGCUGCUAUGCGGGCCGAGCGGGGAUACGAUUAUGAAGAUACUUGCACUGUCUCGCGUGAGACCAUGCCAAAUUAUGAAGAAAAAAUCAAGAGUUUUUAUGAGGAGCAUAUUCAUUCGGAUGAGGAAAUUCGUUACUGUCUGGACGGGUCUGGAUACUUUGACGUGCGAGACGGCCAAGACCGAUGGAUUCGCAUCAAGGUCGAAAAGAACGAUUUGAUUGUUCUUCCGGAGGGCAUCUACCACCGGUUCACACUUGACAACAAAAAUUAUAUCAAGGCUCUGCGCCUCUUCAAAGGCGUACCGAUCUGGACUCCUUACAACAGUACGUCGACACAUCUCAUAACCUCGUCGCCGCCUCCGCCGAGCGAACCCGGUGCUGCCGGGACGAUAUUAGCCGGUCCUAUAGCUUACAGCAAGGCCCUGUCGCUCUUCCAUUGGCUGGUUGGAUUUACGAUGAUCGGGAGUGUUGGCGCGGUCCUGCAAGCUCAGCAAGUCAAAGGCAAGGAGAAAGGUGUGUGGAUGCACAGGCACAAGUCCCUUGGCCUUUUGGCAGGCAUGCUGGUGGCUCCUCGGUUUAUCUUCCGCCUGACGUCCAAGGUCCCAGCGCCUAUGAAAGAAUGGUCGACCAUGGAGCAGCUGGCCAGCAAAUUCACACAUUUGAGUUUGUACGGCCUGAUGGUGGGGAUGCCGGCGACGGGGAUUGCGAUGGGCUAUUACGGCGGAAAGGGGCUUCCCUUUUUUUGGACGAAAUUCGACGGUGCCGCGACCGCGAACGGCGAGGUGGCCAAGCAGGCUUUCAGCAUCCACAAGACGAUGGGGACGUACGGCAAGUACCUGAUCCCCCUGCACAUGGGGGCGGCCGGCGCACACAUGGCGCGGGGACAGGCCAUCUUCUCCAGGAUCAAUCCCUUCCGCUGAACCGAGCUGGUUUGAAAAAGGGGAACCGUUGAAAAGAGCUGGCUUGAAAUAAGGAAAAGGGUAAAUGGGCUUUGAAUAAAUCAAAUCGGGAGCUCUCCGGUCUGCCUGAAUGUCUGCGCACUACUUUAGUCGAUGGAAUAGAAGGGGGAUACGAUCGCUGAAAGCGAAAAGUUGAAAAGGUACACAUGUAGAAGGUUGGCGUUUAUUAUAUUUAUGAACUCGUUUUGAUGAAAAAAGAGUAAAACGAAACGGAAAAUAAUGAAGGAGGUACCGAUGGGGAAUACUCUUCUUGUGUAG